ACUCUAAAAAAACACAAGCUUUCCUCUUCACUCUCUCUCUCUCUCUCUCUACGUUUUUUUAUUGCUCGGAGUCUCCGGCUAACGGCGAGCCAUGACGGACGGCCACCAGUUCAAUAGCAUCUCCCUCGGCGGCCGCGGCGGCACCAAUCCGGGGCAACUAAAAGUAUAUUCAGGGGGGAUUUUAUGGAAGAAACAAGGAGGUGGGAAAGCAAUUGAGGUUGAUAAAGCCGACAUUGUUGGGGUGACAUGGAUGAAGAUCCCAAAGACAAAUCAAUUUGGUGUUCGAACUAGAGAUGGGUUGUACUACAAGUUUAUCGGAUUCCGAGAUCAGGAUAUCACUAGUUUGACCAAUUAUUUCCAAACUACUUGUGGGAUAGUAGCAGAGGAGAAGAAGCUUUCUGUAAGUGGGCGUAACUGGGGAGAAGUGGAUUUAAGUGAUAAUAUGCUGUCUUUCUUGGUUGACUCUAAACAAGGAUUUGAGGUAUCUUUGGCUGAUGUCUCACAAACACAGCUUCAGGGGAAAAAUGAUGUCACUUUAGAGUUCCACGUGGAUGACACUGCUGGAGCAAACGAGAAAGAUUCGUUGAUGGAAAUAACUUUUCACAUUCCCAACUCCAACACUCAGUUUAUGGGUGAUGAGAAUCGUCCUGCUGCUCAGGUAUUUCGUGACAAAAUCAUAUCAAUGGCAGAUGUUAAUGACUUUGAAACUGCUGUUGUCACAUUUGAGAGUAUUGCAGUCCUCACACCAAGGGGUCGCUACAAUGUGGAACUUCAUCUUUCAUUCUUGCGGUUACAAGGACAGGCUAAUGAUUUCAAAAUUCAGUACAGCAGUGUUGUUCGCCUCUUUCUCCUUCCUAAGUCUAAUCAGCCACAUACCUUUGUUGUUGUUACUCUUGAUCCACCUAUCCGUAAAGGACAAACACUGUAUCCACACAUUGUUUUGCAGUUUGAAACCGAUUAUGUAGUUGAAAGUGAACUGGCAAUAGGCGACGAUCUUUUGAACGGCAAGUACAAAGACAAGUUAGAACCAACUUAUAAGGGACUAAUUCAUGAUGUGUUCACCAAAAUACUGCAUGGAUUGUCUUCGGCCAAAAUUACAAAACCAGGGAAGUUCCGCAGCUGUCAAGAUGGUUAUGCUGUGAAGUCAUCACUGAAAGCUGAAGACGGAGUUCUAUAUCCUCUGGAAAAGAGCUUCUUUUUCCUACCCAAACCUCCUACCCUUAUUACUCAUGAUAUGAUUGACUAUGUGGAAUUUGAGAGGCAUGGUGCUGGAGGCUCGAAUAUGCAUUAUUUUGAUCUUCUCAUCAGACUUAAAAGUGAGCAAGAACAUCUGUUUAGAAACAUUCAGAGGAAUGAAUAUCAUGCUCUUUUUGACUUCAUCAGUUCAAAGGGUAUCAAAAUCAUGAACUUAGGAGAUGCCCAAGUAACAGAUGGUGUGUCUCCUCUUCUUGAAGUGGCAGAUGAUGCUGAUCCUGAUCCACAUCUGGUUCGCGUACAGGAGGAAGCUGGAGAUGAAGAUAGUGAUGAAGAGGACGAAGAUUUUGUUCUUGAGAAGGAUGAUGCAGGUUCACCAACUGAUGAUUCUGGGGAUGAAGGUUCUGAUGCUAGUGAAAGUGGAAGUGAGAAAGAGAAGCCUCCUAAAAAGGAUCCCAGGAAAGAACCUUCAACUUCAAAGGUGUCAUCUUCCAAGAAAAAAUUGAAAGAGGUUGAUGAAGAUGGCCCAAAGAAGAAAAAACAGAAAAAGAAGAAGGAUCCAAACGCACCCAAAAGAGCGAUGUCUGGUUUCAUGUUCUUCUCGAAUAUGGAGAGAGAGAAUGUGAAGAAGACCAACCCCGGCAUUGCAUUCACGGAUGUAGGAAGAGUGCUCGGAGACAAGUGGAAGAAGAUGUCAGCGGAGGAGAAAGAACCAUAUGAAGCAAAGGCCCGUCAAGAUAAGUUACGCUACAAGGAUGAAAUUAGUGGCUACAACAAGAGCAGCACCCCCCAACCCAUGAAUGUGGAUUCAGGGAAUGAAUCUGACACCGAGUAGAACUGAAGUAGAAUCAAAAUAGCCAGUUAUAUUUUGUUCAAGUGGUACUUGUGUGUUUGAGAACAUACCGCCGUGUUCUGUGAACAUACACGAGAAGCCAGUGUAGAUUUCUGUUUGCCUCUUUUGUAUUGUGAACAUACGUGUUUCGGUUUACACUUAUUUUGCUUAUAAAUAUCUAGUUUUACUGCUUGAAGACAG